ACAAAAACAAGCAAUCUUUCGCCGGCAGAUGGAAGCGGCCGGUAUGUGUAUUUGAAUGUUUUGUGGAAAAAGAAGAUUUUUGUGUCUGUGACAGUUGCAUAUUUUAAUGAAAUACAAAAGUUUAUGCUGUAUUAAAGAUGCCACACCAAAAGCAUUUCAAAAAUCAAAAAGGGAAAAGGGAGGAUACGAAUAACAACGUGCAGCAGAUUGGCCAUGAUAGAAACGCCAACGUACACGCUGCUCAAAAUGGCCACCAGCAAACUCAUGUAGCGUGCUGCACGCCGUCUACCUGUCUCACUCCGGACGAGUUGAUAGAUCCGAGCGACCCAGGAGAUGCGGUAAGAGUUUAUUGCAAUAAUGACCAGUGUACAAUGGGAAUUUGGAUGCACGGUAAUUGUUUUAUUGACUGGGAGGAAACUGUCUUGGCGUAUCUAAAAUCGUGCGGGCGAGCUCGAAGCUGGAGUGAAAAGCAACGUUUACAGAACCUGUGGACCAAAAAAGGAUACGAUCUUGCAUUUAAAGCCUGCGAUUGUAAAUGUGGCCGAGGUCAUAUCCGAAAGGACUUGAACUACGUGCCACCACCCAAACCUGUAGACAAUGCAGUGAAAAGCAAGAAAAAGCAUAAGAAAAAGAACGACAAGCCUAUGGCCGUCGUAAGCAACGGAAAACCGGGCCAUACCUCAGCUGUCAACUCUAACCAUGGUCCAUCGGCGCCUGUCAAUAUAAACCACAUCAACAACAUAAACAACAACACCGUUAUAGCAACCAGUCCAAGCAACAGCAGCAACUCGACCUUUAGCUCUAGUCUUCCGGCCAGAAGCAGCCCCAUUAACACACCUCUCGUUAAUGGAUUUGCACACAUGCGUCUACGUACCAACAGCUGUGAGAGCACCGUCAGUACAGGCAGCUCACCCCCAAAUUCAGCUGGAUCAACUGGAUCCGCCUCUCCUAUACCACAGUCACCCGUGAUCAAUGGCAACUUCAUGUUUUCUAAACAGCAGAAGCCAAAAUUUGACAACCCAUCAGAAAGCACGCUUCAAGCAGGGGCGUACUUCCGUCGCCGAGUCGACAUGUCAGCGUUCAACAUUUUACCAAAACACAAGCAAAACCCGUACCAUAUAAAGAUGGAGGAAGAUAGCCAAGGUAAUGACGAGACCAGAUCGUUUGUACUAACCCAUUUAAGUUCCUACAAGGUUAGUUCCCUCAACUGUGUGUUGUGCAAAACGGUUCUACCAGUAUUCGAUCGCUAUCCAAUGAUCGACGGUACGUUCUUUCUGUCUCCGCAAGCCUACGACGAAAGCGUCGUUCGCGUUAUAUCAGACGGACGCCUUCAAUUCAUCAACGCUGUCUGUGUGGGUUGUUUGGAAGGUGGUUCAGAUAUAUGCUGCGCCGCAUGUAAGAAGAAAUGGGAUGGAAGUACUCUACUUUUAGGUACAAUGUACUCCUACGACAUCUUUGCCGCUAUGCCAUGCUGCCAGAAGCGUUUGACGUGCAAGCAUUGCAGACGAGCCGUUGUUGACGUUAACACGGGAUUAUCAUUCUACAGUGAAUACAGCCGUAUGAUAACGUGUCCAUACUGUAAAGCGUACGACUAUCAUUUCAUUCGUCCAAUGUCGGACACAUUCGUUGUCAAGCAGCCUAUAUGGAACUGAACUUUAGCAUCUCCGUAGAAUUUAUACUCCAACAACAAACUUUAUUGCAAUAUUAUCCAUGUUUUACCUUUUUUUUGUUUAUUUUUUCCAUGCGUAACACCACGUCUUCUUUUUUUUUUUUAUUUUCAUUUUGGAACAAGGAAAAGUUCGGAUUGCGCUACGGAGAGGCAUUAACUGUAGAACAGAGGAGGACUUUGUAGAGUAUACAUGUAGAGGAUACUGGUUUUUGUCGUAGCCCCCACAAGUAAGGGAGGAUGAGGAAUUGUGUUUUCCUUUACAAUAUUAUUUGGUGCAUACUGAAUAGUGCUAAUUGGAUUUGUGUCAUAGUGUUAUAUAUUGGUCAUGUCCAACUUAGUUUAUAAUUUACACAUUUUGCUGUGACUUUUUUUUUUUUACAUCGGCAAUGACUAUUUUGUAAAGUGCCUAUACUUCUCUCCCAUUGCUAACUUGGUGCAACGCCAGGAUUUCGUAUUCAGCAAAUGGCUUAAUCUUUCUGUGCGAUUAUUUUUCCAACAAAUAUUUUAACAGUCUGCAAAUUUCUGAACUUGAAGAAAACAAUAUUACUGCUGGCGAAAAUGCAACUUCUUAAAAAAUGGAAUGUUUCGUGAAUAGAAAAAAAAACUUGUGUGCGGACAGAUUAAUGGCGUCUGGUAAUUUUAUACGCAUGUAUAUUUUGGAAAUUGAAUACUAUAGUACUUCGCUAGGCAGCAUUUUAUGUCUAUAUACAUAUAUAUUUAUAACGAGUAUUUUGUGUACACAUAUUGUAUUUUUUCGGAGAUUCAUUGCCGUGUGUGGGAUGAAUUUUAGGAAUACAUUUGUGUUGAGGACCUUAAGACUUCGAAUUAACUUCAUAGCUGAUCAUGUCGUUUCUAUUAUAAAAGACUUAUCGUUAAUGGUGAGAAACGUUUUUGGUAAAUGGCAUUUCACAAUGUUUUCUACUGUAUGUUAUUUUUAAUAAUUAAAUAAAAACCAAAAAACUCGA